AAGCUCCUUGUUGCCGACGUGCUCCGCCCUUGAAAUCGUCAUGGCGGAAGAGGAAGGAGAAUGUGAGUCUGUCUCUUCCGGCGAGCAUGCCCAUCAGAUGUAUUCUGCAUUGGCAACCGAACCAAGGAAGCGUUGUGAACAGCCAAGUCCUGAAUGAGAUCUCGCAGUGCGUCGAAAGCCUCAACGGCGUCAAAGAAGGAAGAUGCAAAGCCUCCCUCACUUUCUACAGACCCAAUUUACGAGACCAGUCGGUGACCAUCGAUUUCCCGCGCGAUUUUCUGGGGAUAUCGAUGCUGGAGCAGCCGAACAAAUACUACUUCAUCAUUCGCGGCCAGAAGAUUGUUCUGGAGGCCGAUUCUUCUAUCUUGCUUAUCAUGGAGAAACUCCAGUCCUACAAGUCCAAAGUCGCCCUUCAUUUCGAGGGAGUGCUGUAUAAAUUGGGUGACUUUCAGAUGAGAGUCAUUAAAGUUGUUCCCAGUCAAGCAGAAAGUCUCAGAGGAAUUAUGAUUGAGAUUGAGUAUCUCCCUAUUUCGUCAGUUGAAAAAUCCAAGCAAAUUUUGGAAGAGUUCAUUGAUAUAUGGAAAGAAGUCGUGUCUAAAAAAUCAUUAGCUGGUCAGUUCAUGCAUACAGAACCAAAUUAUGCAGAAUAUGGGCUUUCUGACAAUUAUACCUCUCAGCAUACAGCUGUUCAGUAUGCUGCUGCGUUGGCCCAACUGAUUCAAUCUGCACAGUUACGGAAUUAGGACCUUUGUGGAGGUGAACAACCAACCGUCUGGGUUCAAUAAUUGUGUGAUUGCAGGUAUCUAACUCAAUUGUGUUUAGCUGUUUGAAGUUUGAAGCCGAAUUAUCAAGUUGUGAGGGGAAUGGCAGGUUCAUACAAGGUGUGGAGUGGUGGUAGAUUGCGUUGAUGCUCUAUAUUCUGUUGUAUAAUAUAUUCAUCAAAGGCAACAUAUAUGUUUUGUUUCUCUUGGUAGUUGGUAUCAGAAUGUAAAAUGUAAUUGUUAAAGUAAUCUUUUCGGGUCUCGUUUUGUUUCCUAAAUGAUCUGGAGAAAUGAUCAGUAGACAAUUAUAAGAAAUAUUCGGCAUAUUACUUGAGUGACUGAAUGAAAUUGGCUUUUUAAAUUUUAGUCCAGAAA